AUGUCCUCGGGUCCCGUCGUCCCUAUGGUAUGGGAAGGCUAUCAGGUAAGACGCACUUCCACGUUGCUCUAAUUACGGAAUUUCUUGCAGAAUGCUAGUUUCGUAGUGUUUUACAGUGAAAUUCUGCUUAAUUUCUGCGAGGCCUAACCAAUUAGUUCACGCUGAAGUGAGCAACAGAUGACUCGCGUCUUAUUGGUAAAUAAGCUAGUUUAAGUCGUUGACCGAGUGUGUGAGUGAAGCGUUCUCCAACACGUCCAGCCUUAUGUGCCAUUCCCUCGUUCUUUGUGGGGACCAGCAAUCGCUGUUGCCGGGGUAUAGUUGUAACAGAAUGGACGUCCUCUUACGAGUGGAGAGUUGCUGCUCUCUACAGGCCUAAAAUAUACAUGCAAACUCACUGUCGACUCUGCACCGCCUGCUCUCGAAUGUGGCCAACUAAGGCAUUUUCUAUCUGCAUAUGAUGUCUCACUGAUGUCGGUCGCUUUGCCCUGUGUACCCGUUGCCUCGGCGUUUACGAUAACUUUCAGAGUCAGCAUUAAUUGAGUUCUGAGUUGCGUUUUUUGCUUCCAUUUUAAGGCCGUCAAGCUUGGUCGGAUGCUUCUCGGAGCGACCAAGCCAGAAGAAAGUCUUCCUGGCACUAUUCGCGCGGACUUUGGCCAAUGCAUCGGCCGUAACAUCGUCCACGGAUCUGAUGCCGUUGAAACAGCUAAGCGUGAAAUCAAGAUCUGGUUCAAGGACGAGGAGCUUGUUCCCUACAAGUCGGUGUUCGCCGACUGGCUCCACGAAGUCUAG